CAAUCUUAUUUAAUUCUUACUCUUUCGCUUCGCGCCUUGUUGAUAACGCGUGUUUCAAUAUGCCUCGAAGAAUAUUCGUUGUCGGCGUUGGAAUGACGAAGUUUGUUAAACCAAACACUGGGGGUGAUUAUCCGGAAUUCGCUAAGGAAGCAGCUUUAGAUGCCAUAGCCGAUGCUGGAAUAAAAUACGAAGAUAUAGAACAAUGCGUUUGCGCUUAUGUAGCAGGAGACUCAACUUCUGGCCAAAGAGUCUUAUACCAAAUAGGGAUGACAGGCAUACCCAUAUAUAACAUCAAUAAUAAUUGCUCAACUGGUUCAAGUGGACUAUUUUUAGCUAAACAACUCAUCGAAGGUGAUAUAUCUAAUAUAAUAAUGGUGUUAGGCUUUGAAAAAAUGAAGCCUGGUGCGCUUAAAGGAAACUAUACAGACAGAGCUGCACCUUUAGAAAAACAUAUCCAGAAAAUGGGCCAGAUGAUAAAGAUACAACCUGGGCCUAUGACACCACAGUACUUUGGUAAUGCUGGCAUAGAACAUAUGAAGAAAUAUGGGACAACAGAACUGCACAUUGCGAAGGUUGCUGCAAAGAAUCAUCGUCAUGGAGCGAGAAAUCCACGCGCUCAGAACAGGAAAGCUUAUAAUGUUGACGAGGUUUUGAAAUCGAGGAAGAUUUACGGUCCACUGACGAAAUUGGAGUGUUGCCCAACGAGUGACGGAGCUGGCGCAGCAAUUUUGAUGUCCGAAGAUGCAGUAAUAAGGUUCGGUCUUCAACAUAAGGCAGUCGAGAUUUUAGGAAUGGAAAUGGCCACUGAUACUCCUUCAUUGUUUAGAGAUAAGAGUUUCAUAAAAAUUGUUGGCUAUGAUAUGACUGUUAAUGCUGCUAAGAGACUCUAUGAAAAGACUGCAGUUUCACCAAAAGAGGUGGAUGUGGUGGAACUUCAUGAUUGCUUCGCUACAAAUGAGAUUAUUACUUAUGAAGGUCUACAAUUGUGUGGGGAAGGGCAAGCAGGGAAGUUUAUAGAUGCUGGUGAUAAUACUUAUGGGGGGCAGGUGGUAGUAAAUCCCAGCGGUGGGUUGAUAGCUAAGGGGCAUCCACUGGGCGCGACUGGAUUGGCUCAGUGCGCUGAACUGGUGUGGCAACUCAGAGGAGAAGCUGGUGAAAGGCAGGUGCAAGACGCUAGAAUUGGUCUGCAACACAAUUUGGGCCUUGGUGGGGCAGUGGUGGUUGCGAUGUAUAAAAAAGGCUUUGCUGCUACACCACAGAGAAAUAUAUCGUCAAAAUUGUGAAUAUAUUUGUAAUUGUAAACUUUAUUUAAUUAUAACAGUAUAUUUGAAAUGUCGAUUUGUGAUAAAAUAUGUGGUAACCUAUC